AUGACCCGACCUCCAGGUUUCGCUUCCCUUCCCUCCGUCUUUUCUCCCAUACUGCUUGCCCCUCCACUCCAGCUGGGUGGAGCACGGCCCCAUGGUCAUCCUCUCCACAGGUCGUCAGUGCAUGGAGGGAGCCAUGGCAGCAAAGAGCCGCACAGUGCUGCAGAGAUUUGGGUGGAGCACGACCCCAUGGUCAUCCUUUCCACGGUCCGCCAGUGCAUGGAGGGAGCCCUGGCAGCAGCGCGGAGCAAGGGAGUGGAUGUUGGCCCUGACGCGGUCAGGGCGGUGGGGCUGACCAAUCAGAGGGAGACAACUGUAGUGUGGCGCAGGAGCACGGGGAUGCCUCUUUAUAACGCUAUAGUGUGGAUGGAUGUGCGCACGAGCGCCCUGUGCCAGCGAUUGGAGCAGCAGCUUUCAGGUGGACGGGACGAGUGGAGGGGCGUGACGGGGCUCCCUCUAAGCACCUACUUCAGCGCCCUCAAGCUGACGUGGCUGCUGGAGGAGGUGCCAGCUGUCAGGCAGGCAGUGGAGGAAGGUGAUGCGCUGUUUGGCACCAUUGACACGUGGCUCAUCUGGAACCUGACAGGUGGUGCAUGCCAUGUGACGGACAGCAGCAACGCCUCCCGCACUCUGCUCAUGGACCUCAGGGCGCUGCAGUGGAGCCAACCCGUUCUAGAGGCUCUCAACAUUCCGACAAGCAUCCUCCCCAGCAUCAUUUCCAGUGCUGAGCACAUCGCCCCUAUAGCGUCCUCCUGGCCACUAGCAGGGGUGCCGCUUUCGGGCUGUCUGGGGGAUCAACAUGCUGCCAUGUUGGGGCAGCGGUGCUCCCAGGGGCAGGCUAAAGCCACCUUUGGCACGGGGUGCUUCAUGCUUCUCAACACAGGCCCGCAGGUGUGCACAUCUCAGCACGGCCUGCUCAGUACAGUGGCCUUCCAACUGGGGAGAAAGGAAGAGGGGAGAGGAAAGGAAGCCAGAUGGGAGGCAGGCGGAGUGGGCAGCAGAAGCAAAACAGAUGCAGCAGAAUGCACAGAAGAAGCUGGUACUUGCAUGGGCCGAAGUGCCAGUGGCGGCAGUGGCGGCAGCAGCAGUGGCGGCAGUGGCACGUGCUACUAUGCCUUGGAGGGCAGCAUAGCCAUAGCAGGCGCGGCGGUGCAGUGGCUGAGGGACAACCUCGGGAUCAUCGCCAGCACCAAGGACGUGGAGGCUCUGGCAGCCUCAGUGCCCCACACAGGGGGGGUGUACUUUGUUCCCGCCUUCAGUGGGCUGUUUGCACCUCGAUGGAGAGAGGACGCGAGGGGAGUGAUAGUGGGUCUGUCCCGCUUCACUACAAGAGCACACAUCGCCCGGGCCGUGCUGGAAGCCAUCGCGUGGCAGACUCGGGAGGUGCUAGAUGCAAUGCGGUCUGAUGCGGUGCACUCAGGAGCAGCAGGAGUUGGGAGCGCUGGCAGCAGCAGUGACACCAACAGGGAAGGCAGCGGGGAGGGCAGCAAGGAGCAGUUUGUGUUGAGAGUGGAUGGAGGGGCAUCAGUGAACAACCUACUCAUGCAGUUGCAGGCUGACUUCCUCGGAUGCCCCGUGCAGCGGCCAGCAGACAUCGAGACAACAGCGCUGGGAGCAGCACUCGCUGCAGGAAUAGGAGUGGGGCUGUGGAGUGAAGAGGAGGUGCUUGGGGGGGCAGUGGUGGGAGGUGACAGACAAACAGCAGAAGAAGGGGAGGCAGCGGACAGCGGGAGAGGGGUGGUGUUUCUGCCGUUGAUAACUUCGGAAGCAAGGGAGCAGAGGUUUGCGUCGUGGUGCAAAGCGGUGGAGCGAUCGCUUGGACUCUCUGAUCUUGUAUGA